AUGCAUGAGAAAGGCUGGAUGGAUACUGAUGGUAUGCAAAUUUGGUUGAAGAAGAUAUUUGCAUGCCGACCAGGAGCUCUGCUUAAGAAAGCGACCUUGCUUGUCUUCGCUUCCUUCAGGGGACACUUGACUGAGGAUGUUAAGAAGAUUGCCGAAACUAUGAAAACCCAACUUGCGGUUAUUGCAGGUGGCCUGACUUGUCAGCUUCAGCUCCUUGAUGUUUCCAUUAAUAAGGCUUUUAAGGUGGCACUACGAGAAGAAUGGAACCACCACAUGAUGAUGAUGACAGCAGAAGACAAUCUUACCAAAACUGGUCGCCGGAAGAAGCCAUCAAUUGGAGAAGUUUCUGGCCCCGUUAAUGGACAGGCCUUUUCCCACCAGUUUCCGUGUCUUGUGCACUCGCAAACACCGGUCGACACGCUAAAUUCUACACUCACAGACAUGACUCAUGCUCUUCGAAUGGCAACCAAUCAGAUUCCAUCUAGCCCUGGCCUAAACCUGCCAUUGGAUCGACUGCAAUCCGCCGAACGUUCGGGGCCAAUCAGAAGCCGGGACGAACGCCCUACUGAAUCGAUUUCGCUAUGGCCCCGUCUUGGCUGCAUUCUGCCUCUCCUCAAGCCCGCCGGUGGGCUUCAGCCUCGCACUCCGCGCCGUGCCAUUUUCUGGCCUCUUCUACGCCUCUCGAAGGCCUGCGUAGCCGGUUCGCACCAGAAAGAAGAAGAGCUCGGCUUACAAUUGUCGGAGCCAGACGUCAAAACUGAAAGCUUUCGUUUCUGCACUCUCGGACUCUCCCGCCCCACCACCCAUCGGUUCUGUAAACCUUCCCAACGUAUGUACUUUAUGUCUUUUCUUUCUUCACACGGUCUCGGGUCGCCGACUCCUCCUUCCGGGAGCUUGGGCUACUAA